ACACAGGUCUGCACUAUGAACUAGCAGUCCAGUGGGAAUGCUUGGGGAUGAAAACUGAGUUAUAAUGGAGAGCGGGAAGACUUACUUAGUUUUGGAGAAUUAUAUCGGUGGCCAGUUUGUUCCCUGCUCCUCCUAUUUAGAUUCUUAUGAUCCAUCCACAGGAGAAGUCUAUUGCAAGGUACCAGAUAGUGGCCAAGAAGAGAUAGAAGCUGCUGUCAAAGCUGCCCAAAACGCCUUCCCAGGAUGGUCUUCCAAAAGUCCUCAAGAAAGGGCAAAACUACUUAGCAAGCUAGCAGACCUUAUUGAAGAUGACUUGGAAUUAUUUGCACAAGCAGAAUCAAAGGAUCAAGGGAAAACAGUAACAUUUGCCAGAACAGUAGACGUCCCUCGGGCGGUAUACAAUUUCCGUUUUUUUUCAUCAUCCAUUCUUCACCAGACAACCGAAUGUACUCAGAUGGACCACAUGGGCUGCAUGCAUUAUACUGAGAGAACACCAGUGGGAAUUGCCGGCUUAAUUAGUCCAUGGAACUUGCCACUUUACUUGCUGACUUGGAAAAUUGCCCCAGCCAUUGCAUAUGGAAACACUGUAAUUGCCAAACCCAGUGAAAUGACAUCAGUCACUGCUUGGAUGAUGUGCAAACUUCUCAGUAAAGCAGGCUUUCCUCCGGGUGUGGUGAACAUUGUAUUUGGGAGUGGUCCCAAAGCUGGAGAUGCUCUUGUUUCCCAUCCUGAAGUGUCACUGAUUUCCUUCACUGGAAGUACACUUACUGGCCAGCGUAUCAUUGAAAGGAGUGCUCCCUACUGUAAGAAGCUCUCCUUGGAGCUUGGAGGCAAAAAUCCAGCUAUCAUCUUUGACGAUGCCAAUUUGGAUGAAUGUGUUCCUGUCAGUGUAAGAUCCAGCUUUGCUAAUCAGGGUGAAAUAUGCUUGUGCACCAGCAGAAUCUUUGUUCAGAGAAACAUUUACCAUGAAUUUUUGAGAAAGUUUGUGGAAGCUGUCAAAAAGUGGAAAGUUGGAUGCCCCACAGAUCCCACAGUUGACAUGGGACCACUGAUAAGUAAAGAACAUUUAGCAAAGGUAAAGAACUAUAUUAAAAGAGCUAAGGAAGAAGGGGCUGAAAUACUUUGUGGAGAGGGAAUCAAUGGCUUGGAUCUUCCAACCAGAAACCAACAUGGGUAUUUCUUGCUUCCAACGGUGAUUACCACCAUUGCAGAUGAUUCAAGUUGCAUGCAGGAUGAGAUCUUUGGCCCCGUAACCUGCAUCACGGCAUUUGAUACUGAAGAGGAAGUAAUCCGGAGAGCCAACAGAGUCAAGUAUGGCCUGGCAGCCGUUGUCUGGUCAAGGAAUGUGGGGCGGGUUCAUCGUGUUGCUAAGAGACUCCGGUCAGGUUUGGUGUGGACCAAUUGCUGGCUUAUCAGGGACUUGAAUUUGCCUUUUGGUGGUAUGAAAGCCUCUGGGAUAGGCAGAGAGGGAGCAAAAGAUUCCUAUGAGUUUUUCACCGAGAUAAAAACGAUUACUAUAAAACACACUGAAAUGUAAAAACUCUUUGUGAGAAAUACAGAAGUAUUUGAUGAUAUAAUAAACAAGAUAAUGUGCACUGUU